AUGGAGGAAAGCCGCAUCCAGCUUCGGAUUUAUGGCCAGGGCAUCCAUGAGCGUAUCUGGAAGAUGGUCUACUUUGCUGAAAUGUCUGCCUUGGAGACUGCAGCUGGUGGUCCAAGGAAGGAUCCUUGCUCCGAAAAGACAAGUGAUUUGGUGGUGGAACCCUACAGUCUGGAUGUACGGGAUACUUCUGCAGUGCUGUCUGUGAUGGUCCAAACUCUGCGGAAGAACAUCCGCUACAAAAGCUACAUGAUGUGUCUUGGAAAUAGUUCUCGGCAGGCACAGCGCUGGCUCAAGAACCCCGAUCUGUUCCUUCGCGUGGUUGAGGGGAAAACAUUGGAGUUGCCUUUUUGGCUCGAGAUCAUCUUAAUAUUUUUCUUCCUGGGGCUCUCGGGCAUGUUUAGCGGCCUCAACCUGGGCCUGAUGUCUCUCGACCCAAUGGAACUCCGCAUCGUGCAGAACUGUGGCACACCCAAGGAGACGAAAUACGCCACCAUGAUCGAGCCCACCCGCAGGAAGGGCAAUUACCUGCUUUGCUCUUUGCUGCUUGGCAACGUCUUAGUCAAUGCCUCUCUCACCAUAUUGAUUGACCACAUUUUGGGGGAAAACCUGGUGGCUAUCGUGAUCUCCACUUUUGCCAUUGUCCUCUUUGGGGAGAUAAUCCCACAGGCCCUCUGCUCCCGACACAGCUUGGCUGUGGGAGCCAACACCAUCUUCAUCACCCGGUUUGUCAUGUUGCUCACUUUCCCUCUGUCAUACCCCAUCAGCAAAAUCCUGGACUACAUGCUUGGCAAGGAAAUGGGGACCAUGUACAACCGGGAGAAACUGAUGGAGAUGCUGAGGCUGACAGAGCCCUACAGUGGCCUCCUGAAGGAAGAGAUGAAUAUUAUCCAAGGGGCCCUGGAGCUCAGGACAAAGACGGUGGAAUGUGUCAUGACCCCGCUCCAUGAUUGCUUCUUGCUGAACAGCGACGCCAUCCUGGAUUUCAACACCAUGACGGACAUCAUGGAGAGCGGCUACACCCGCAUCCCCAUCUACGAGAAGGAAAGGCCUAACAUUGUUGACAUGCUGUAUGUCAAGGAUCUCGCCUUUGUUGACCCUGACGACUGCACCCCACUCAAGAUCAUCACCAAAUUUUACAACCACCCAGUUCAUUAUGUCUUCCACAAUACCACGCUGGAUGCUGUGCUUGAGGAGUUCAAAAAAGGUAAAUCUCACCUGGCUGUCGUCCAAAAGAUGACGGAGGUUGAGCAAGACCGUGUCUGUGAAGUGGUGGGUGUGAUAACCUUGGAGGAUGUCAUUGAGGAGAUAAUCAAUUCAGAGAUCCUGGACGAAUCGGAUAUCUACACCGACAACCGCACCAGAAAACGAGUCACCAGCUCAAGGAAAUGGGACUUCUCUGCCUUCAAGGGCAAUGACAGCGAAUCAAAGCUCUCUCCUCAGCUCCUCUUGGCUGCACACCGCUUUCUCUCCACUGAGAUCCUACACUUUUGCCCUAGCCUCAUCUCUGAGAAAUACCUCCUGCGCCUCCUGAAGCACCGCGAUGUCACUUGUGAGCUCAAAUUAGAUGAGGGGAACAAGGAUGCCCCGGGCAAUUACCUGUACGAGAGGAGUAAGCCGGCCGACUAUUUCAUUCUCAUCUUGCAGGGGAUGGUGGAAGUGGAGGUUUGCAAAGAAAACAUGAAGUUUCAAAAUGGUCCUUUCUCAUACUAUGGGAUGAGCUCCAUGGCCUGCCUGAGCAGUGUGAAUCGCAUCAGCUUUGAACACGUGAUGCCCAUCCUCAGUGGCAACAUCAGCACCAACCAGGUGUUCCCCAGCACCAGCCCACAGUAUGUUGCAGACUUCACUGUCCGUGCCGUCACUGACCUUCUGUACCUCAAGAUCACACGGACUCAGUAUCAGAACUGUCUGAUGGCCUCACUGGUAGACAGCAACACCAGCGAGAACCAGCCCUCUGAGACCCCCUCCAUCCUCAGGAAGCCUGACCUCCUAAUCCCUUCCCAGGGCUCAGUCGGUGUCUUUCAGGCCAACGGUCAAGGAGAGAAGUCUGUGUCCAAAUGA